AUGCCGACAAAAAAGAAAGCCGGUGGCCGAAAGCGCGACAAUGAGGUAGACCUUGCUGAGCUCGAAAGUCUCCGGAAGAAAGUCGCCGAGCAGACCAAGGCCUUAGAGGCUGAAGAGGCCCGCAAGGAAGAAGAGAACCAGACCAAGCGCCAAGUCAGCAGUCGGCGCCAACGCACACUAGUUCGCUGGGAUGUGGAUACCGACAUUCGGCUUCUUCUGGCUAUCCAGUAUGCCUGCAAUAAAUCCAGCGUGAAGAUUCCCUGGAAGGAGGUCGCGGAGGUUAUGGGAGAGAAGUUCACGGAGGGUGCAAUCGUUCAGCAUUUGUCCAAGCUUCGUACCAAGCGGGAGGAGCAGGAUAAGCCAAAUCCGCCUCCACUGAAGCGUGCAGGAAAUGGUAAUCACAAGGCUGACACAGGCAACAAGAAGGAGGCGUUGCCUUCUGCAAAGGUGGGUCCUGCGCCGAGCACUCACAAUGGAAAGCGCCUUCGCCGUGAUCCAUCCGGGGAUGAAUCCGAAGACAGUGUGUACGCCUUGAAGAAGAAGCAGUUCGCAAAGAACAACAAGAAGGACAAGGUCUUUGUUGCUCCCAAGCUGCGUACCAAACGUGAAGAAACCGAUAGUGAUGACUCUCAGAAGCUAGUGUGUGUUGGAGCGGAAUGGCUGCGUGACUUUGCCACCGGCGAUGACCGCGAGGAUGAUGAUGAAUCUGCUAGUUCUGAGAACGAGAACUCCACUGAAAGUAGCCAGGCCACUACUCAAGUUGCCAGGAAGUCAAAGAUGGUGAAACUCAAGCUGGAUCAAGAACGGUUCGCAAGUUUGGACCACCGCCUUGGUAACUCUGCAACCUCCCGAGAGCCAGUUACCCCAACCAACCCGCCGCGCAUUACCAAUAUGGCACCUCGUCGUUCCUCUUACUAUCCUUACUCUACUGCUCCUUUUUCUCCUAUGACGCCCACCCCGGUUGCAAACAACUCUGGGAUUUCUAUCCCUUACCCGUCCAAUGGCCCAAGCCCUUUUGACAUCGUCAAUCGUAUUCCUAAUGGAAUUUCUGACGCUGCUCCUGUUGUAGUCCCCAGCACGGUCUCUGGUGAAGUCUCUGCUUUUGAUGCCGUGAAUCUUACAGCGGCAUAUUCGCAGUUUGAGAUGCUCCCCGAAAUGCAAUUUGCGGACCAUUAUGGCGCUCAAGGUACUUUCCCGAUGACUGGCUACACCGAAACCAGUGGGUUUGAAAACCAGUUCAUUUCCGACAGUGAACUGUUUGCUAAGCUUCCCAAUGUGGAACCUCCUCGUUACUUUGGGUAUGAGGGUGAAGAUACCAAGGAAUUUUAA